CUAGAGGACGACAGUGCUACGUGAGAAAUCGUGAUGGAGUAGUUUAUACCCUGUUUGGUCGCCGUUUCUCACCCGCGUUCAAGUACGUUUAAAAUUACCACACAUUCGGUCAGUGCAUCUGUCGGUCGCCGCGUAGAGAGAAUCACUCAGAUCGCGGUUAACAGUAUGUCAGUCAUUCUCGAAGCGACUGGUUACUUAUUCGCGUUAACGUAACAGGGAAAAGUACGGUGUCGGAGGAGGCAGGUUAUCUUCUUUGUUCGAGAAAAGCCUCAUCAGUGGGCAAUGGCGCGGGAACCUUACGUUCCAGAAUCGGUGUGUGCAUGGCGUAGGUGAUGAUCGGUGUUUGUACAUGUGGCAUGGUGUUUAUAGCGAACAGGAAGAUUUACAUACCUCGCUGGAUUGACCACCUCGUCGGUUUUUGGAUACGAGCCGUGUCGUGAGCCGCCAUGAGGCGCAUUAGCGGAUAAUAAGCAGUCACCUGAUCUGAUCUGUUCAUCCCUGCUUUGUGAAUGUUGUAAUCAAGAACGACGUCUGGUUUUGUCUCUUUGUAACUGGCUCUUCUUGUGACCGCACAACAACUUGGCGGCAUGAACCGGCCGUCCAAAGCUGUGACCCAGGCGAAGAAAGUGGCACCACCGGCUGUACCCGAUGUAUUUCGACAUUCUGGCUCCUCGUUUGGUUCCGCUGGAUAUGCGAGCAGCGAAGAUAGCUGUUUCCUGCCCGGAAGUGGACCAGGCGGAACAACGGACGAGGGUUCUUACGGUGUGCCAUCUGGAAAGAGUCCGGGGCCUAUUUUUACCCACCCUGGCUUUGCCUUUCCACCAGUCGUCGGCAAAUAUGCCCACGCCGAGGAUCAAGGAAUCGAUAUGACUCAAAGUCCUGGAAGAGAUAGCCCAGGUAGUUCAGGAUCAGGUUCGGGUUCCAGGCAUUCUACCGCUUCAUUGGAUUCUGGAAGAGCCUCCGGAUAUCAUUUGGGCCCUAGAGGACCUGGUGCUCUUGCUUCAUCUCCCAGGUGUUCUAUAAGCUCACUUGGCAGCCAUCCGGACAGACCGGCGGAUCUCGACGUCGUUCACGCUUGGUUGACUGAACUCCAAUUCGAGGAAUACUUUCCAUUGUUUGCUUCCGCUGGUUAUGAUUUGGCUACUAUAACGCGUAUGACGCCAGAAGAUUUGACAGGGAUAGGAAUUAAGCAGCCUAAUCAUCGGAAACGCUUGAAGGCGGAAAUAGAUAAUUUAAACAUAGGAGAUGGCUUGCCAGAACAUAUUCCUGGUUCGUUAGAAGAGUGGCUCAGGCUUCUGCGACUCGAAGAAUAUCUUGGUGCUCUUCAUCAACAGGGUAUGCGUUCAGUUGAAGAUGUGACGACUCUCACUUGGGAAGAUCUUGAAGACAUUGGUAUUGUACGUCUUGGCCAUCAGAAAAAAUUAUUAUUGGCAAUUAAGAGAGUUAAGGAUAUUCGUGCUGGAAAACGUAUACAGCCGCUCGAUCUUGCUCGGCUACCGCCGCAUCCUGGACAAACACAGGACGUAGUUAUUCAACGAGGAGGUCCUGACUUGCCAUCUCCUGAUGAGGAUUGUUCCUCUCCUGUUCUGAGGUCUUUUCAGAGAGGCGGAAGUGAUACUACAUCUGGAGCUGCGUGGAGAAGUAUGUACGCUGCUUUACCAGCCGAUUAUAACAUUGUUGGUCGGUCUGGUUCACGAGGAAAAUCAUUAGAAAGCUUGGAAGACGCACCCCUUGGGUAUCCUCCGUCACCAGCACCAUCCACGCAUCCACAGCCAAUCGAAUGGCGUCCACGCAGCUUCGAAGACGGUGAUGUGACUCCUACAAAUGAUACUUCCGUAGUGGAUGCAGGUGGCGGAACUCUUCCGCGACCUAGACAUUGUCUUGUUCGUCCACGACCUGUAGCUAAGGUCACUGCAACUCCAGGUCAAUUUAAGUCACUACCAAGAGACUUCGAUAACAAAUAUCAAUUAACUUACGGACUCGAGAGUAGUCCACAUCUUCCGAAACGUUGCCCUCCGUCUCCUCCAAGGCGUCAAAGCUCUAGAGACAAUAGCGGUUCUGGAGUAGGGGUCGGAGGAUCGGGAGUUGGCGAUGUUGUGAUAGAUUGCAGCGGACCAGUUCCAACUGCCUCUUGCGAGGAACAUCACAUACAUCAUCAUCAACAUCAUCAUUUGAUCCAUCAUCCUUCUCCACCGCCACCAGCACCUGCGCCAGUGCCAUCGACUCCUCCACAAAUAAAUCGACCACCUUCUUCUAUGUCUCGUUCUUGGGGUAGUGUCAGUGUCAAUGUUAAUGAAGAACAUGAAUUAAUAGCUUCUCUUGCUCUGCAGCACCGUAAUGGUUCUGAUGCCAGUUUUAAGUCAAGUUCCAGUACAGAAUCCGACUCACUACCGUUUGCAAAUGAAAAUGCCGGAACAAUAAAACAAAGAGCUGCACGCGCACAAGAAUACGCAAGUGGUAAUACUGGUAACAACAUGUCAGGUCAUGGUAUAAGCCAUCACACCGGUGGCAGUGAACCAGCGGAUGUAUUGAACGAUAUUGGGAAUAUGCUUGCAAAUCUUACUGACGAACUUGACGCUAUGCUCGAGGAAGAAAAACGUCAAGGCUUGAAUUCAUAAUCAUCGCUACCUUUGUUUACGUCUGUUCUCAUUUUUAUUUGUUCUUUCUUUCUUUUUUUAUCUACUAGUACUACCACGAAGAACACAACUUUAGCAACAAAAGUCGAUGACGAAAACAUAGAUAUCUUACGCUAUGACGUAUAAUAUUGUGUAGACUAUGAACGCAUACAGUUUGCAAGAUUAAAUAGACAAACGUCAUAUAUGAACUUGAUAAAUUUUAGCUUGAUACAUUGCAAUGAUCGUAUUGAGAGGAAAGAAUGUUCGGUGUUGGACGAAUGUUAAACCACGUUCCAUUGUGUUGGCUUACAACAUAAGUUACAUUACACAAAUAAUAAUAUCCUGUUAUAAUUGUAUAAGUUAACGUAGUGGAUAGUAUUCCACGCCAUAAUUUUGAUUUUUAUCUGUUUCUUCAUUCCUUCUUUCUCUCUUUAUAGGACAAAGCUUCUUAUUUUUCUAUCAAAAUAUUAUGAGCUUUCUAUGGAGUUUCCAGAGACACCUGAAUGUUGCACAAUUUUUGCGAUUUUUAUAUUUCUCUAAAGUAUUUUUAUUCAGUAUAUUUAAAGAACAAUUUUUUUUAGUACAUUAUUCUGAAUGAUAUUAAUGUUACACACAAACGUUUUCUAUUACAGAUUUUUGAACUGGCACUUUUAAAUAAAAUUUAUAUAAGGAAAAUAAAAUAAAAUUGUAGAAGGAUAACUUAACAAGGAUAGAUAGACGAGAAAAAUUAUGCUAAUAGAGAAUUGCACUUAAUAAAUAAGUAUGUAUGGAAGUAUGGACUUAUGCCUUAUGAUAAAAAGACUGCAGAAUACAUCAGUGUAGUCUAAUUCUUAAUGCACAUUUCACGUCACUUGUAUUUUAUAUUCAUAUAGCAUAAAGACUGAUUCGCUUUCUCUGGAAACUUCAUUGCUACCGAUAUAUGUACAUUCCAGCUAGUAUAUUUCCUUUUCCACUUCCGUCCUUUGCUAAAACGAUAGCAUGUUAGAUUGGGACCUUCAUAACUGUUGGAGCUGUUAGACAUUUUGAGAUUAGUAUGAUACAAAGAAGUAAACUUCUGUAUCCUUUUUCCAGAGUAAAAUAAUUCUUCCAGUAACGUCAAAGAAAAAUAUUAUUGAGUCAUGUUGUUUUGAUGAUGAAGCAUAAUUAUAUCUUUGACUAUAUUAUGGUACAAUUUCUAUAAGAGUUUACGAUAGUUUGUAUGAAAAAACUUACAUCUUCCAUUAUUUGAACUUGAAAAAUAGUUCUCAUAAGACUGAGAACAAAAUCAACAUAAACAUUUGACUGCCAAUUAAAUUUCAAGAUUAUACAGUUUAAAUACAGAAUCAUAUGCACUGUAUGCCAAUUAACAUUUUAUAUUUAUUAUCCGUACUAAUAUAGUGAUGUAUGUAACUCACUAUUGUUAUAUGGUGCACAAAAACAUGUGGGGUGCAAAGUAUCCACAUGUAUCAAAUCAAAGUAAUCGUCGUAGUAGAAUCUUGUCGAUAAAAAGUGUUCAGGUUUACUCCAAAUUUAAGUAUUAUACUGAUAUGUACUGAGACCUGUGCAUAGAAUUGUAUGUAGCAGUCCUCACACACAAGGUGGAUUAUGCGAUUGAGCUAACAAUAAGUUGUAUCUUGUAUUCGAUUAUAUGAAUUAUCCUGUAUAUGCAUGUACACAUGUACAUUUAUAUAUGAUAAUUCCAGAUUCUUUAUGAAUCAUAAGAGUUCAUAUACAUAUAUGGCUUAUUUUUAAAAUUUUAAGUAUUUUAAAGUCUGUGAUCUACUUUAAAACUUAUGUACAAUUUAAGUCAUUGUUAACAUAUCAGUCAUCUUUGGUACAUUCAAGUAAAUAGUACAUACUUCUUACUUGGAUUAAAAUUUUAAAGGUUUUUCGAUUUAUAUGUGUAAAUGGACAUAGAAUUCUCAUACAUAAAUGUAUAUAAGGUUUCAGUAUGACGUUAUUACUAAUAAAAUACUCCUUAUUUUACAUUCUUUAAGGAGUACAAAUUGCUGUCUCUGUACAAAUCAGUUUCACAAGUAAAUCAUAAAUUAAUUGCAAUGAAUUCAAUUACGCUAUCAUGAUUCUAAUGUAUUUUAUUUUUAACUAUAUGAUUCGUUAUAAAUAUUCAAAUCCAGUUACGCUCUAUCAUUACCAGAAAAGAAAAUGUGGUAGGAUAUAUACAAGAUUUUGAAACACACUUAAAACCUAGGUUAAUCAACUAAAUAUUGGGGCUACAUUAUUGUAGCCUGCAGACUUGUUAACUACUGUAGGUAUAUAUAGUAGGUAUACAUAUAUCAGUUUAAGCAGUGUACUUAGGGAAACUGUUUUGCGGUGCUGCAAAUUUAUCAAUUUAUUAUUAUUUACUUUUACUCUUUAUUAUUAUUGUAUAUUAUUAUAUUUCAAGAGAACAAACUGAUUUUAAGUCAUAUAUAUGAAUAAUCAAAGGUGGCACAAGCUCUUAAUACGUUUACAUACGUAUAAAUGUGGCAUUUAUUUUUAUUGCAUUUAAAUGCAAAUUUUUAAUUUACUAUUUAGUUGGGUUAUAACAUUUAGAUAUUUUAUUAAUUACUAGAAAUGUUUUUACAUGAAGUUAUUUUUACAAGUAUAAUCAUUUGUGCUGCCCUAUAUAUUUGAACACAGAACAUUUUUAAAUCUUCCAAAGAUUAAUCAAGAAUCAGUAAGUUUUCAUAUUUAUGAUUAAUUAUUUAAGUUUUAGGCUUGAUCUUUUACACUAAAGUUAUGAAUUGACCACAAAAUCAUGGAUAUUCUAAAACAAUUUAAAAUAAGAAACGUACUAUUUUAUUUAAACAAUUGUUCUUACAAUAAUAAUUAACGUAAGAAGAUAAAAGCUGUAGGGUAAUAUCGUGAUGCAGGUGUUUAACUAAAAUAAAUGUUAAUUUGACAAAAAAUGAAGUAACUAGUAAAUGUUGGUAGGAAAUGAAACAUUUUAUACUAAUUGUGAGAUCGUGUGAUCAAUUUACAAUAAUUGCUUUUUUAUGAUACACAUUGAAAAAUACAAUAGGGGGUAAUAAUGCACACACUGCCGACUUUUAUACUGUAAUUCAGCGAUUUCACGAGAUCAAGAAGUGAAUAAAUACAAUUUCUAGAUAUUGCAUAAAGUAAUUCGUGCAUAAAAUGCACUUAAAACAUUAAAUUUAUUUAAUAUUUAUUUAUUUUCAAAUUGAAAAUUAUUAAAUGUUUUAAAAAUAUUAUGAAUAAUUUCAUUGAUGCUUUGAAAGUAUUAUUUUAAGUGAAACUUUACAAAAGUUUAAUUGAUAUAGUAUCAACAAGCUAUAAUGAGAAAAUUAUUUAUAAAAAGAUGUACAAAUACUUUAUUUAACGAAAGGUAUUAUUUUAAUUAUCAGUAUCAAUGUAAGUAAAAAAUGUAGAUCAGAUGCAUAAAAUAUGCUACUGAGAUGUUUACUUAAAAUAAUACAUUCGAGUAAUAAAAUUGAGAAACUAUGUAUUAGACUAAAUGCUUUAAAGCAGUUCAUGGCAUUCCUAAAGUAGUUAAAACGUAUAUUAUCUACUAUUCUUAAGCGAUUGCCUCUUCAUUUCUACAGGUAGCUGAUAAUGAUCAAUAAUAUUGAAAAGAAUUCAAUUAUUGGCUGAUUUUUAGGCAGCUAAUUCAGAAUUCCUGAAGACAUUGCUUCUACAUGGUGUAUACAUAUUAUACAUAUAUAAAUAUUAUAUAAAUAUAAAUGAUAAGUACAAAUAUAAAUAUAGAUAUAUACAUAUAUAUAAAUUAUAUUUAUAUUUAUAUUUGUAUUAAAUUAGUCAUAGUUUUUGUACAAACGUAUGCGCCGCUGCAGUUUUGUUCAGCGAAUUUAAUACCCGCCUAAUUGCAUUUUACGUGUCCUUGAGACCUUCUCCUACUUUCUGUAUUUGUUUAAAUGCACGUUAAAUACGUUACUUGAUUUAUCGACUAUGAUGAAAGAGAUAAUUAAAUAAAACUAAUUGACAGACUCCAUUCUCAUUGUUUUUUGGUAUAUACCCGAAAUAAGUUGUUAAUUAUCCUGUUAUAUGAGAUUCUCAUUAUGUAAGGAAACAGAGAUUCUCAUAUUUUUAUUAUAACAUAAGCAGGAUGCAACAUCAUAUGUAUAUGUCAUCUCUAUCGUAUAUUAUUUCGCAGGAGACGAUUGGAGUAGGGAAAAAAGAAGUAGGUUAUAUAGGAAAUAAUAAAUAUUAUUUGAUUUCAUUUACUAUAAAAUAUAAUUUUUAUUUCUUCUAUAGAAUAUAAGUUUAUUUUUUAAUUCAAGAUUUAUUUUUUAAUUAGUAAAGAAAAUAUCAUUUCAUUGUGAUGCUAUGAAAAAUCAAAUAUUUUCUGCUGUGGAAAAUUUGAUUUCAAGCGAGAUAGGUAAUAAUAUAAUUUUUAUGAACUAAGUAAUGUUACUUGUAAGAGAAAGAGUAAAGAAGUCCAUGAAACACAGAUACAUUGAACUUCCUCACUCUUAGAUGUUAAGUUUCCUUAAAAAUUUAGGUGCAAAUUGUAUAUGCCAUAUUCGAGCAGUCAUAUGUUUGUGUAACUGUAGCAUCUUCAAUAUAAAAAUCAUUGAGCAAUA